UUAUUCCGGUCGGUAGGAUUUCCUCGAGUGCGAACGUAACCUCAAAGUGAGUGAUGCUCGUUUUACGCAGCUUUCAAAAUACGAAUUUGCUCGUGUUGCUUGGUGGUCUGCUGCUGUGCCUCGUUUUUCUGAUACAAGUGAAGCAAAUUUACAAUAACCAUCAGAAGUACAACCGAUACUUGGGAUACAAAGAAUACAUGAAUGAAAUAUCAACGGAACUAAAAGCGGUGGAGAACUCGGCGAACAAAUCAUCGACUUACGUUCGUCAGUUGAACGAAAUCCUUUUAAGGCACCGUGAUAAAGAUUUGAAAAAUAUGACCGUAUCACAACCUAUUCUUUGAUUAUAAAUUAUCGUAGAAUUACCUGAAAGGUUGGUGAGACAUAAAAGUCUUGAUCAAUAGGGAAUGGCAUUUUAUAGUUAAUAUUAUGUAUGAGCUUGAAUCUUUUAGUUCUAAUGGCACGCAUGGGAUAAUACAUAGUAACUUCAUGAUGUGUCUGGCUAGCAAAAACAGCUGUGUCAUUUUCUGUGGGUUCUGGAAAUACACAUGUAUUGAACGAAAUAAUGUCAAAGCAUAUCUCGAUAUUGAGGAUGGAUCAAAUUUACCUUGAACGAGGAGUGGAAGGAGAGAUUUUCCAGUUAAAGGAGGAACUUCAUUUGCAUCAAAUGAAAAUCGAUCCAUAUAUGCCAAUCAAACCAUCCAUGGAGAAAUUUCUGCUGGAGACUGUCAAGAAACAGUUUGACUUAGCUGUAGUAGGAGGAUCAGAUUUAAACAAGAUUACAGAACAGUUGGGUGGUAAAAGUGUAUUUGAAAAAUAUAAAUAUGUUUUUGCAGAGAAUGGACUUAUUGCCUUUGAAAAUGGUAAACAAUUACCUACAGAAACAAUUCAAAGUAUUAUUGGCGAAGAAGCACUGCAGGAUUUUAUCAACUUUUGUUUGAAAUAUAUGUCAGAAUUACGUUUGCCACUCAAACGUGGAACUUUUAUAGAAUUUAGAAGUGGAAUAAUUAAUGUAUCUCCGGUCGGUCGUAAUUGUACUAAAGAUGAGCGCAUUCAGUUUUAUGAAUAUGACCUCGAGCAUCAAAUUCGUCAGAAAUUUAUUCAAGCGAUUAAAAAAGAAUUUCCAGAUCUUGCUUUAACGUACAGUAUUGGAGGUCAAAUAUCUUUUGAUGUUUUUCCUAAUGGUUGGGACAAAACAUAUUGUCUUAGACAUAUUCGAGGAUAUGAUGAAAUACACUUUUUUGGUGACAAAACAAUGGAAGGUGGUAAUGAUUAUGAAAUUUAUGAAAGUGAUUUAACUGUUGGACAUCGUGUGACUUGUCCAGAAGAUACAAUUAAUCAACUUAACAUUCUUAUGGCACUUAUUAAAGAAAGAAGAGAACGAGAACAAUUGCAGGUUCCUAUGCAAUGUGCAUAAUAGUGAGGACUUAACUAAAUAUUUUAUUUAGAAAGCACAAAGUACUAUAUGUUACAUUUACUUGUCUUUAUUCUUUUUUUCUAUUUUUUGUUUUGUUUUGUUAAUAAGCAUUCCAUUUAUAGUAUUACAUUUCCAGUGUUAAAAUACUUUUUGCAGGAAAUUUAGACACUUAGGUGCAAUAGAAAAAAAUUUAGAUUAUUCAAUUUCUUAUUUUAGCAAAUUAACUAGUUAAAACAAUUGAAUUUUAAAUUUCAUUUCUCAUUGUUUUAUUGAUAUCAUGCAAUGAGAUAUACAAUAAAAAUGUAAGUAUUUUAAAUUGAAAUCUGCAUUAUUUAUUUACAUCAUUUAACUUUUUCCUACAAAAUUUCAAUAUAUAUUUGUUGAAAUAGAAAAAUAGUGUUGAAAUAUAAAACAUAAUUUUAUUUUUUAAAAAUAAACUUUCGUGUAUACAUAUAUAUAUAUACACACAUAUAUUAACAACAACAACGUUAAUAUAAAUUGUACAAAACUCUGAAAUUUUAAAUCGCGUAUAAAAAUACUUAAAAUCUAAAUAAAUCCUAACAAUAUUAUUUCUGUACUAUACUAAAAUAUUAGUUUACUGUGUAUUUCUGUUUAAAUACAAAUGUAUGUAUGUAUGCAUGUAUGUAUGCAAAUGUAUCAAAAUUAGUCAUAUUACAAUAACAUAGUAUAAGAAUGGCAUCUUUCGCAUUUAAUUUCGAUUAAAAUGCAUUUUCGUGAUAUGUCAACGAUUAAGCGUAACAAAUUUGUAAAAUACGACAUAUUUUAUUUUUAUAUGUCUAAACUCCCUGAUAAAUGGGAAUACGUUUCGAUGCAAAUGCUGCAAGUCCUUCGAUUCUAUCUUUUGUGUUUACAACUUUGUUAUAACAUUGUUUUUCAAUUUCAAAUCCAUCUGUAACAGGUACCUGUAAACCUUGGGAUAUUGCUGUUUUUGCCAUUUUAACUCCGAUUGGUCCAUUAGGUAAAAUUUCUCUGGCAAUUGACAAAGCGGCCUGAUAAGCAGCAUCGCCGUUUUUAUUUUGUGGAACUACCUCAUUUACUAAACCAAUCUUCAUAGCUUCUUCACCAUUAAGAAUACGUGCAGUGUAGAUCAGUUCUUUUGCUUUAGCACUUCCAAUUAUUCGUGGAAGUCUUUGAGUACCUCCUGCUCCAGGGAUAAUAGCCCACUUUGUCUCUACAAGACCCAUUUUGGCUUCUGAUGUUGCAACUCUGAUGUCUGUGGCUAGUGCAAUUUCUAAUCCACCACCUAGUGCAGCGCCAUCCAUAGCGGAUAUCACAGGUGUUGGUAGAGUUUCUAUAUUAUUUGUCAUAUUUCUUAAGAACGAAACAAAUUUCAAAACUUCUGCAUUGUCCAUCCUUGCUCUUUCUCUGAGAUCCGCACCAGCGCAGAAAACCUUUGGGACCAAACUACGAAUAAUUAACACUCUCAAUUUUGAAUCCUCUCUAAUGGAAGAAAUAGCAUCGUGCAGUUGACUAGUUAAAGUUUUGCCAAGAGCAUUGCAAACGCUGGGUCGAUUUAAUCCUAAUACCACAAUCCCAUUGUCUUUCCCAUCCAAAUACUUAAGUACUAUUUCUUUCACUUCGUCUUUUGGAUUUAACAUUGCAUUGGUAGACAUUGCUCUUACAACGGUUGUACAAAGAGAGUGAAAGGUAUAUUUCACAUUUGUUGUUAAAGCAGCCAUUAUGUAAGGUUGAUUUAUAAAUUAGGAAACAAAACAAAAAAAGAAAUAGAAAUACCGUGUGUUAUCUCACUUUUGGAAUCGUACAAUAGGAAUGUCGGCAGGCGACUCCUUGGACUUUACGCACCGUCGCGUUCCGCCAAUAGUAUUAGUAGUAGGGAGAGCCCGAAGAAAGUUCAAAUGUAACGCAACCUCAGCCUAACCUUCAGCACAUCCGACAACGACGUCGCGAACGCAACUGGUCGGUGCAGAAAAUGAAAGGAAAAUAUAUUCUUCGAGUCUUCGCGGCUUCGCGACCUACUCAAGUUGUACAUGUAUCUAUACGCUGUGCGCGACCCAUACACGCAGAUAAGAUUCAAACGACCAUUUUGCGUCAAUCGAUACCGAGUUUUUCUCUCGGGCUGACUUUACAAACUUCGGCCGAAUCCGUCGCUGGGACGAAAGAGAAACGAUGAAAAUAAUUAGUGCCGUUUUUUUUUUUAUCGUAGUUACGUAAUUCAACCGAUCAAGGUUUUUGCCUGAAUUUUCAUCGAUUAAAAAUCAUCGAAGAUACGAGAGCAUGGAAGAGUUUGAUUUUUUCCUGCUUUUUUUCUCUUUUUCUUCAAAGCAGGCUUCGAAUUGUACGUUGUUACGUAUGAUUUAGAUAAAUUAGAGAUUUGGAGAAACAAACAGCCAUAGAACCAAACGCGUAAAUAUCAUAAAAGAGGGAAUUAGUGUCGCAAAUAGCGGUUGAAGAAAAUGGAGGAGAAAAAAGAGACGUCUACUUUUGAUGAUUAUGAUUUCUAGUAAAAUCGACGAUGAGAGGAUUAAGGCGAUGAAAGGAUUAAGCAGCGACGACUGCAACAGGUGGAGGUCGAAGCAUCGACCUUGUGGCCGACGAUAAUUUCUCCGAGACUAAAUGGGCGAUGUGCGAUGAUCUCUUCCAGACGAAUUCGCGCGUUCUGUCGUGAUCGUCAGCGCUCUCCACACGCACCUAAUAAACAAAUCGUUCAACGAAUGAAAAUUUGUGGUGUGAUAUGUAUCUGAUGAUCUCGAAGGCCAAUGAAUUAUCUCACCUCUAUUCAUCAUCGAGGGCAAUGUUCAUGUAAUCAUUGAAUCAAAUAAAUUUUAAUCUUUAAUUUCAAGUUAUUAAUUAUUAAAUAUUGACCAAAUUUAUUCGACAAGAGUUACGUAACAAGAUUAUAAUAUUUUGUAUAUUGUUCCUUUUCCCUAUUCAUUAAACUUUUGACAAUAACUAAAGAUUAAAAUUUGCAGUAAAGAAUAUUUUAGAGAUUUCACAAUGAUGAUCAAUUUACAAUUGCCAAGAAACAAUAAGAGUCAUCGUGCUAAUGUCUCAGUGCGUAAUGGUUUAACUAUAAUACCUACGUAAGUAAUUUUUCCAAGUAACCUUCGUUUAGUAUAAUCGUGUAAAAAAAAUCGUUGUUUUCUCAGCGAAGACUAAAACUGCUUUUGUAUGUAAAUGACUGCAAAGAAAAAUCGAAUAAUCGGGAGCUCAAGUAUUGAUCAUUUGACGUGAAAUAUAACGAAAUAUAACUCGAUCGAAAGUUUAAUAUCGGCGGUUAGUCGAUCGAAAGUUAUUAUCUGAAUUCUGAUUGAAACAAUUAUGUAAAUAUCGAUAAACGACGAAUGUUCAAUCAUCUGAAUCAAUAUCAUUUGUUAAAAAAAAAUAAACGUUCCUAAUGCUUAUCGAUUUUUACAUGUACGAUGACGUUAUUGUUUGAACAACGAUCAAAGGCACAAAGUCCGAUUAUUAUACUUUUAAUCUUGAUGUUAAUUCGAUAAUAUACAGUAGGAACUUGCAAUAUUCAAACAGAUGUUGUUUGUACUUACAUAUCAAUGAUGUAUCAAUCAAAUAUUUUAUGAAUUUACAAUUACUGAGAAAUCCCUGAGAGAAACUUUAUUUAAUCAAGUCACUAUUCUCUGUUUUAAAUCUUAGUUCUCAAAGCAAAAUACAUCAAUUCACGAUUCAUAUAUAUGUACCUGAUAUUUAAAUAUUUGCUAUUUAAACAUCUUACUAUUUGAACAUAAUAUAUAUGUCUCUUACGUCGAUUCAGUAUGGAAUUAUCAUCCUAUGUAACAACACCUUAUAUGUAUGAUGUUAAUUGUGGAAACGAAAUAAGAGAUGCUUUAGGAAUCUAGAAGAUGGGAAAACUGCCGCAAAAGUCGCGAAAACAACAUGUUGGAGGUAUUAGUCAUUUGAAACAUUUAUGGUGUGAGAUAUAGGGAGCAAUGAGAGCAUACAUAGCUUAAGGCGUAAACAGAAUGUAACAAUCCAAUUUAGCAUAACUUAACGUACUAGAAAAUUAAUUGGUCGAUUCUUUUCAAAACUGAUGCAACUUGGAAGAAAUGCACAAUUAUAAAUAAAAGUAUAUCACAUUCAUACUGCAGUUUAUCCUGUUG